CCCUUUCUUUCCCACCAAUAUCACCAAAUCAACAUCAACUUUAAAAUUCACAUUACCAUUUUCACCUUAAAAUAUCAACCUUGAGAACCUUACAUCUUAAAAUGGGAUAGGCCUAAUCCCAACGAAGCAACAGUACUUAAUAUUGUAGUGGGGGUCAUUUCAGAGUGAGAAGUCUUUGCCUAUAAAAUGACAGGACUUCUAAGCAAACUAAGUGUGACUGCUAAGAAGAGCUAGCAGAGUAAUUAAGGAGUUCAAUAACAACAUAUAGUUUCCUAAUUAGGCUUUUCUUUUCAGUUUUAUGAGCUCUUUUCAAUACGGUUGAGACAGUUGGAAAAGAAAUAAUGGAGGGAAAGAUGAGCUUGACAGUUGCAGACGCUGUAAACUACAAGGGUCUCCCUGCUGAUAGAUCUAAAACUGGUGGUUGGGUUCCUGCUGCUCUUGUCCUGGGGAUUGAAAUCAAUGAAAGGCUUUCAACAAUGGGAAUAGCAGUAAAUUUAGUGACAUACUUGGGUGGAGUGAUGCAUCUACCAAGUGCAGCAUCAGCAAAUAUUGUGACAGAUUUUAUGGGCACAGCGUUUCUUCUCUGCCUCCUUGGAGGUUUUCUUGCUGAUUCUUUCCUUGGCAGAUACAAAACCAUUGCAAUCUUUGCAAUCAUACAAUCACUGGGAACUGGCAUGUUAACACUGGCAACGGGCCUGCCACAGCUGAGGCCGCAUCCUUGCCAUCCUCAUGAGAAGUGCAAACCAGCAACUGGCUUCCAGAUGGGAAUUCUAUACUUAGCUUUAUAUCUAAUAGCAUUAGGUACUGGUGGCUUAAAAUCUAGUGUAUCUGGAUUUGGAACAGAUCAAUUUGAUGAUAAGGACGAGAAGGAAAAGUCGCAAAUGGCCUAUUUCUUUAACAGAUUCUUCUUAUUCAUCAGCAUGGGAACUUUGGCUGCAGUUACAGUGCUAGUUUACGUUCAAGAUGAAGUAGGAAGAAGCUGGGCUUAUGGUAUUUGCUGCAUUUCCAUGUUAAUUGCAAUCGUAAUCUUUUUUUCUGGGACUAGAAUGUACCGCUACAAGAAAAGCUCAGGAAGUCCUAUAGUCCAAAUAUUUCAAGUCAUAGUAGCAGCUUCAAGGAAAAGGAAUAUGGAUGUUCCCUAUGAUGUAAGCAUGCUUUACGAGACCAAUCCAGUGUCUUCAAGAAUCCAACAUAGUGAACAAUUCCGCUUUCUGGACAAGGCUGCAAUUGUAGCACAAGGAGAUUUUGAUACAUCUGCUCCAAAUCCAUGGAAGCUGUGCACAGUGACCAGGGUGGAGGAAGUAAAAAUGAUGGCUAGGCUACUUCCAAUUUGGGCCACAACUAUCCUUUUCUGGACAACUUAUGCACAAAUGAUUACAUUUUCAGUCGAACAAGCUGCCACCAUGGAUAGAUCAGUUGGCAAAUUCCAAAUUCCAGCAGGCUCUCUUACUGUCUUCUUUGUGUCUGCCAUCUUAAUCUCUUUGGCUAUUUAUGACCGAUUUAUCAUGCCACUCUGGCAGAAAUUGAAGGGAAAACCAGGUUUUACCAGCCUACAAAAAAUAGCCAUAGGGCUUGUGCUUUCUACUAUGGGAAUGGCAAUAGCUGCUAUAGUUGAUUUAAAAAGGUUGUCAGUGGCAAAAUCUGUGGGGCGAAACAUGUCAACUUUACCUAUUAGUGUAUUCUAUUUGAUCCCACAAUUCUUUUUGGUUGGAGCUGGGGAAGGAUUCAUAUACACCGGCCAACUCGACUUUUUCAUAACACAGUCACCAAAAGGGAUGAAAACAAUGAGCACUGGCCUUUUCUUGACAACCCUUUCUCUUGGUUUCUUUUUUAGUAGUUUCUUAGUCUCUAUUAUCAAGAAGGUGACAGGAAGCAAUGGUGGUGAUGGCUGGCUUGCAGACAACAUUAAUUACGCAAGGCUUGAUUGUUUCUAUGGCCUUCUUGCUAUAUUAGGAGUCAUAAACUUUGCACUUUACCUAAUUGCUACGACAUGGUUCAAGCCAAGGAAGUCUAAAUCUGCCGUACAGAUGGAGACUGUGAAAAAUGGAAAUGCUGCCGAUGACAAGUGCUAGAAUUUUGUCUCCGCCAAUGAUGGUUAAGUUGUGCUCUCUUAUUUUUACUAUUCUAGUUAUUCGUACAGUCAGAGCAAGUGUUGCCUAUGUUUAAUUGCAUGUGCUAUCUGUCUGUUGUCUUUGGUAUUUGAUAGAUUGGUUUGACUUUUGCAGUCCAUUAAUGUCACUUCUCUUUUGAUAAGACGUCUAUUUGACGUCUGGUCACGCCUAA